UAUGGAUGUAGCUCCAUCUUGCCGUACAUACCAAGGUGAAGAGAAUGCUUCCUGGGGGGUGUUGUGGGGCUUAGCCCCCCAUAAACCCUCCCCUCGGGCACGCCUAGUCAUGGCAUUGUAAAUUGUUAGGUGUUUGGCAAUGAGGUUUCCAGCCGGGUCUAAAGUCCUCUUUGUUGGGGAAGGGGAUUUCUCAUUUGUUGCUUCACUUUGCAUGGAAGAUUGGUGUGACCAGGUUUCUUUUGUCGCAACGUGUCUACAAGAAAACCUAAGCGAGAGAGCUGUUUCAAAUACAAAGAUAUUAAAAGAAAAAGAUGUGGAGGUGUUAUUAGGAGUUGAUGCCACUCAGCUUCAUGCUCACCCUGAUCUGAAGGACAGGAAGUUUUCUCACAUUGUGUUCAACUUCCCCCAUGUUGGUGGCAAGAUGAAGAUACACCUGAAUCGGCUGCUGCUGCAAAAGUUCCUUAAGAGCGCCACCUGUGUUUUGGGUCAAGGGGGUCAGGUGGUGGUAUCUCUUUGUGCUGGCCAGGGUGGUGUUAACAUUGACUCCAAAACCCGUAGAUGGGAUGACUCUUGGCAGUUGGUCCUCAUGGCCUCAUAUGCUGACCUAGUUCUGACAAAGCUAGAGCCAUUUGAUACUGAGAACCAUUUGGGAUACUCUGCUACUGGGUACAGAUCCAUGGAAAAAGGUUUUGUUCAGCAAGGGUCUUUGGUUUAUACUCUAGAAAUUAGUCCAAGGCAGUGGAACCCGUCAGUGUUGUUAUCAGACAGUACAAAAGAUAUAUUAUGUGGAGGACAGUACAUUAAAGUGCCAUGCUAUGUUGCUUGUAAGCUGGAGAAAGUUGGCUUUAAUGAUUCAAAUACUUUGAUUGGAUGCAUAUCAAAAUUGAUAAAGGAUAGCUGUGCUCUCAGUUUUCACACAUACAUCAGUGAAAUAAUUUUAUUGGAAAAUAUGAGUUUGAAAGAUAUUUCAGAAUACUUUGGUACCUUCAAAAAGUCAGAAGUAGACAGUGAGGUUGAUCUAUAUCAUUCAUGCAAAUUAAGUAAAUCAAAAGUUUUUCAAAUUGAACCAUUGCUAAUAUUUAUUUCACACAGAAAGAAAUUAGAUUUACAAGAUUUAAUUCAAGAAGAUUUAUAUAUGAAUAUACAUAAUACAAAUAAAGGUUUUACCCCAAAAGCAAAACACAUUAUAUGGAAAGAUGUUGUGGAGAUACCAUUUGCACAUCAGGAAAGUAACGUGAACAGCAGAGACCGAUCAAUUACUCUACCUUCAGAGAGUGAAAGUUAUUGUAAGAGUUUAUUUAUUUUCAACAUAUCGACAAUAGCCAAGGCAUAUUUUGAAGUAGACCUAGAUGAACUCUGGGCAGAUGGACAGAAAGUCAAGGUAGAGAAUGAUUUAAUCAUGUAUUCACCAGCAAGUCUGUGUCCCCUUGAGUAUACUUAUGACCUUAGUUUCUGGGAGACCCGAGAGAGUCUGACAACUGUACAUGAUGAAUUUGACCCAUGUAAACUAGAGAUCAUCAUUAACAAUGUAGCUCAGGAGAGUUUAGUGAGCUAUACACUUUUAAGCACUUAUAAUGAUCCACUCACCUCAAGGAAAAGUUACACAUACCGAAUAAAGUACAGGUGUUUUUCAUAUGCAUUAUCAGAUACAUUAGCUAAGACAAUUCACUGUGAAAUAGGAAAGAAACUGGAACAGCUAAUGGGAGUGGAGGUUCGGUAUGAAAAAGUGUCUGGAAUGGCAUCAGUGGCCCUGCAUUGUGUUCUUCCGGGAAGACUUUUUAGCUGGACACGUCUUCGGGAAGUCCACAGUCUAGUGAAGCAGCAGAUCAGGUCCUGCUCUUCAGUUAAUUACACAAGGCCAGCUGAUCCUGUGCCUGCUAGUACAGCUGCAAGUCCCAAGGAAACAGAUUGGUCAUCUGCUAGUGGUGACAAAGAGUGGAAAGUCUUGGCUCAAGAUUUUUUAAGGAAAUUGAGCAAACAACCACAUGUUAAUCUAGAGGACAAGUAUGUACCACUAAAGAGCAGUAAAAGCAAGUCUGAGGCUACAAAGGUUCAUCACUUUGUGGACUUCCGUCGUGUCCGAGUCCUAGGUGGGAACGGAGGAGAUGGUUGUAUAUCUCUCCUGAGUGUGUACAAGAAAGAGCGUGCAGGGCCAGAUGGUGGGGAUGGAGGAAAUGGAGGUCAUGUUAUAUUCAAGGCAGUUAAGAGACGCAAAAGCUUGGAACACUUGAACUCAUACAUCAGAGCGGACAACGGAGACCCAGGGCGUAAUAAGGAUUGUCACGGGAAAUCUGCUGAGAAUUUGGUUAUUGAGGUUCCAGUUGGUACUCUCUUUAAAAGAGAUGGAGUGGUGGUUGCAAACCUCGACAAAGAAGAAAGCUUAUUUGUUGGUGCACGUGGUGGGGCUGGGGGCAAGGGCAAUGCCUUCUUCACUACAGAUGUAGAUCAAGCACCAAGAGUGGCAGAGUUUGGUGGGAAAGGUGAAUACUUUGAAUAUGAGGCGGAACUCCAAACAAUGGCAGAUGUCGGCUUGAUAGGAUUCCCAAAUGCUGGAAAAUCGACACUCCUGAGGGCCAUAUCAAGAGCCAGGCCCAAGGUUGCUUCAUACCCCUUCACAACACUCAAUCCACACGUUGGCAUGAUACACUAUGCCGACCAUCACCAGCUUGCAGUUGCUGACAUCCCUGGCCUCAUAGAAGGAGCUCACCGCAACCAUGGUCUAGGCAUAACAUUUCUGCGACACAUUGAGAGGUGCCGAUGUCUCCUCUACGUACUUGAUGCCUCACAACCAGAACCAUGGGAGCAGUUAAGGGUUUUGAAGUAUGAACUAGAACAGUAUCAGGAGGGACUUUCCAAUCGGCCUCAUGCUGUUGUAGCAAACAAAAUUGAUUUACCAGAGUCUCAGGAAAAUGUAGAGGAACUUGCACAACACACCGACUUGCCACUAGUGCCUGUAAGUGCGAAAAUGGGCCAGCAGCUUGUACCUCUGUUGUCUCUUAUCAGACUCUUGGUGGACUACGCAGCAGAAAGUGACAACAUGCAAAGUGCUGGUGUCUGACGUUAAUACAACUGUUUUUGUUUUAGUACUGAAUAUAAAGUCAUAGGUGAUUGUUGUAUAAAGAUUAUGAAGAAAAAAUAGAAAUUAUAUACAUA